CUCAGCCGUCCGAUCCAAAAUCAACAGUUGAUAUUAAUAAUAAAACUGAGGGGAUGACGCAGAAUCUUAUACCGAAUGAAUGAAAUAAAUAAAACGAAAACAUCACCUGCCGCGCCAGAACCUCCAUUAGAGCGGGAGAAACGCAAAAUUUCCCCCCGAUCCGCCUCCACCUUCUUCGAAUCAUUCUCGGCUCUCUUUCCCCGGCCCGCUCGAGAAAGAACCUGGGUCCGCCAUGGCGACGCUCUUCCUCGCCCUGCAGUGCGUGGAGUGCUCCACCAUGCAGGUGAAGCAGCAGAAGAAGAGCAGCAACAAGUGGGCGUGCGCGGUGUGCAACCGGCGCCAGUCCGUGCUCCGCGUGCACGCCCGCGGCUACCGCGCCGCCGAGCUGCGCCGCUUCGUCCAGGACGCCAACCUCGCACGCGGCCGCGGCGCGCCGGUGCGCGAGGCGGACUGGGACCCGCCGGCGGCCGGGGAUGAGCAAGACGAGCCCCCGAGGGAGAGGAAGCGGAUGGACUGGUCCGAGUACCUGGACGACACCGGGGAGCGUCAUGGCGGCAGCGGCUUUGCUGAUUCUCUUGAUGAUGGGAUUGAAGUGACAACUGAGCUACCCCAGGAAAGACCUAAAGCUCCUUCCUUGAAGAGGCCCCCAAAAGCCCAAUUGGGUGUAGCUGGAAAGAGGCCCAAGCCGCCAAUCAACCCCUCUUUAUCCAAGAUGCAGCAAAUGGAACAAGGUCCAACUUGCCCAACUGUCUGCUCUGCAACUUCUACUGCUGAAGCACAAAGAUCAAAGUUCAGCAAGUAUUUGGACAGUAGCUUCUUUGAAGAUAGAAAUCAGGAGGGUCCUGGGCUCCAUUGGACUGACCUUGAUGAAAGUGCUCCCACUACUGAGGUAGUGGUGGAUGAUGAGGUACACCCCGAUUUCAUGUGAUUGUUCUGGUCUGGGAUUGCUACUCCUAUAUCCUAUAUAUUUAAAAUAGCAAGUUGUAAGAUAAGAUUAAAUGUGCUGUUGGCAAAAUGUUAUUCUGUUUGAUAGCAUUAUGGACUUUUGGAAUGCUUUUGAGUUGGACGAAAAGAGUACUGAAAGUAAAUUAUGGUACAUACUAAUUUUUCUA